GGCCGCUCUCGAAUUCAUCGCUUCGUGCAACCAAGGACUAAAUAUAUAUAUAUUUAUCCAUAAAACUUUUGGGGCUUUAUUAUCAGCAGAGUUGCAGAAAGGACCCCUAGACGCAUCUUCUUCUUCUUCAUUCUUCAAUGGCAGCUUCUUUGUCAAAUGUUGCAUCGCUUCCGGGCUCUGUGAGCGUGUCUCAGAUUAGAGCUUUGGCCCCUCCUCCGUGUAACUCAUCCGCGGUUCCGUAUUCUUCUUCCGCCAAAACGGCGCCGUUGUCGUCGUCGUCCAGCUUCUUCUCCAGGUCGCUGCGUUUGUCCCCCCUCACAUUGAGCCCUAGCUCGAAGAGAAGGACUGUUAGCUCGGUCCGUGCCAGCGCUGAGGAAGCAGCAUUGCAGGCGAAAGUGACCAACAAGGUGUAUUUUGAUAUUAGCAUUGGUAAUCCGGUAGGGAAGCUGGCCGGAAGGAUUGUGAUUGGGUUGUUUGGUGAUGAUGUGCCCCAAACUGUGGAGAAUUUCCGUUCCCUUUGCACAGGUGAGAAAGGCUUUGGGUACAAGGGUUCUGCGUUCCAUCGUGUGAUCAAGGAUUUCAUGAUUCAAGGAGGGGACUUCGAUAAGGGCAAUGGUACUGGAGGCAAAAGCAUUUAUGGGCGUACAUUUAAAGAUGAGAACUUUAAGUUGCUUCAUACUGGACCAGGAGUUCUUAGCAUGGCGAAUGCAGGCCCCAAUACCAAUGGAAGUCAGUUCUUCAUAUGCACAGUACAGACGCCAUGGCUAAAUGGGAGGCACGUUGUGUUUGGGCAAGUUUUGGAAGGCAUAGAAAUUGUUAGGCUGAUCGAGUCGCAGGAGACAGAUAGAGGUGACCGUCCUACAAAGAAGGUAGUCAUUGCUGAAUGCGGAGAGCUUCCAGUAGCCUGAUGAAGAUCAGUUUUAGAUUGUUUUUCCCUUCUGCAUCUUUUUGGGCUUAUGUACUAUCUAGUAUCUACCCAGUCAGAGGCUUUUGUUUCAGAUUUCGUCCUGCGUGGAACGUCAACUUUUUCUUUGUAUCUAUAUUCCUGAUGGUAGAGUUUUGAGAACUGGGAGUUGUAGCCGAUUAGGAAAACUUGUUUACCGAAUGAAUGCUGAAGGAUGUUUUAGAACAGCGGAUUUGAGAGUCAAAUGAACUGAUGAUGGACUAAAACUUGGUGUAUGAAUAACUUCGCUGUUAAAUGUGAAUCCAUCUUUUGCUA